AUGAAGGUCUUCACUCUAUUCAUGAUGCUUUCCACUGCUGGACUUAGCUUGGCAGCUACCUGCAAGGGCUCGAGACAGUGCGAAUGUCUGUUCCCCGAUCGCUCGCACUGCUGUCUCUACGGAUCCAACGAAGAGACCGGCGAUGACUACGAUUGCACAAAACUGUGUGCGGGCGCUAGCCGAAUUCUCCAAGGCAACGAGGAUACUCCAGUCAAGUGCAAUGCGGGCGGUUCUUUCGCCUGUGCCUCAAUCUUCACUGCGCAGACUCGCACUCCUUGCUACAACAACGGCGAGCCAAAGGCUAGUGACACGAACUCGGGAUUUGUGAUGGAGGAGGACAAGAUGGCGUGGAUGGGAACUGCGCCGUUGCAAUCCCUGCUACAUGCACCACUUGGAAGAGUGGCUCCGAGUAUUUAA